UUCUCAUAUUUUACCAGCGGACCAGCCUAAGAAUAAUUAUACAAACAGCGAAGGCGCCAGACCACCCGCUUCUAUUGAUCAAGUCAAUGGGUUACCGCGUUCUGAAAAUACACACAUCUCGCUCUCCUGCCUGAUGCCAACACAACCAUGCCAACCCUCCUAGACUUACCCCUCGAGGUGCUCGAAGUAAUCAUCUCUCAAGUCCACUCCAUCAGGGAUAUUGAGGCUCUUGCGGUGCAGUGUCAGCGUCUUUAUGGACUAUGCAAUAUGGCUACUAGGAAGAUGUACCAUCGUAUCUCACUCAAUGGAGAUUGCAACCUCCGGAAACUCACCAAGCUCUUGUUGAGUAUCCUGCGAAAGCCGAUAUUAGGAACUUAUGUGCGCGAUCUUGAAUUUUGCGCCAAUCUUUCCGAGGCUGAAUAUACUCGGGAGAAAAACGGUUGGAUAAAAGAUUAUGAUGAAGAUGAUGAAGAUGAGGAAGAUGCAGCUAGAGUAUAUUCAGCCACGAGAAAGGCUGGCUUCAGCGGAACCGAGGAGCGACGAGUUGCAGAGUUUAUUCUUAAGAAAGCGGAAAAAUUUCCCAAAUUACCCCGUGGAUACAGCGGUAUAUAUAGCCUGUCUUCGGAAGACAACCCCGUGGUUCUAAAACUCCAGGCACUAGCCGCUUUGUUUAUCUCAGUCUCGCCGAAUCUGGUAUCGCUAUGUCUAAGUCCGUUGGUCGAUCCUACACGAGGAAUAUUUUCCACGCGGAUGGUUCUAGCAGCUGGGAACAACCCUGUGCCCAGUUCCCCAUUAAUGGAAUUUCUGGACCGGAUAAAUGUGAAUAUUGCGAAGACGGGAGCUUUACAGCGUGUCCGACAUAUCACAUUCAUCCUCAAGAACCGAGAUCUCUGGUAUGUGCAUCGCUGUUUUGCCCUUCUAGAAAAUCUCAAUCUGGUAUACCAGCUGCCAAAUCUCGAGAGUAUUCGUGUCGGGGCGAUGAGAGAAAACCGCUCUGGUGGUUUCGUCAUAGAGAAUGCCGACGCCGGACAAUUCUCCACGCCCCGUCCAAACUCAUCUGAUAUCAGCAAAAUCUACUUUGAGAGUUCCUACGUGACAACGAGAUACCUAGAGCGUCUUAUCGACGUUUGUAAGCGACUUACGGAGUUCACGUUUUGGACACGACCCCCUCUGGAUAUUAAUCAUCCGAACCCUCGUGGGAUUGGUGUAAUAGCCCCUAAGACUCUAGCUAGGGCGCUGCUCUCGCAUCGGCUCAGCCUCGAAGUGCUCGAUGUAGAAAUAGGUGAUGUAAUAGCGGAUUUUGAUACCGAGGAGCUACCAUUACCACUGGAGCCAUCUCUGGGUGAGAGAAACUGCCGUGCUCAAUCUGAUAUUUCGAUCGAAAAUCUUAUGGGCACUGGAAGGAUUUUGGUGCAUUUCACAUCCUUGACUCGCCUGACAAUCAACUUGAGGCUUCUAUUCUAUUUGGCCAUGGGCGAUAAGCCCGUGAGUGGGAGUGGGCAAGACCACCAUGACAGUCCCAGAUAUUCUUACCGGGAUAGAGCAGGACAAAGGUCGCAGCAGAAUAACAAAACGGCCAUCCAUGAAGACUUAGAAGCGAAACAUAUGCAUGGAUCGAGGGACGAAAAGUAUCAAACUCUAAUCGAAUCCCUUCCGCCAAAGUUAGAGCAUCUCUGCAUCCUCGGGUAUCAUUAUGGCUAUGAUGAGAGGCAUGAUUCGUUAUUGUCGGGUUUAAUGGCGGACUUUCAAGGAGGAAGGCUACUCCCCCAGUUAAAAGAAGUAAAAGGGGUUGAUGAACCGUUUUUUAGGUCUCCAGCUACUGGUAAAGCAAAGCCAUAUUCGGAGGAAAACAAAGCCGAUGGUAAGUUAAUGGAGAACUAUAGACUUUACGGAUAGGAAAUAAAAUUAGGACAGAAUGUGGAAAGACCCG